UUCGACCAAGAUGGCGGAGAGCGAGGUAGAUUUCGGCAACCCCUUCAAGAAGAAACCUGACAGGUCACAGGACGAAGGCAAUAAAGAGGAAAACCGAGAGCCACCUCCACCAGUAGCACUCAACUUCGACCCUCGCGAUUGGUACUACGAUAUGUCAGGGGAUAAGAUUAUGCUCAUCUUCAACCAUAACACCUAUAAGAGGACGCGAUAUUUCAGAGACAAGAAACCAACGUCGCGUACGGGCACGUUGCGCGACGUGCGUGCCCUGACGGAGACCUUCUCCAAACUGGGCUUCCAAAUUACCCCCCACCAUGACAAGACGCACGAUCAGAUCCUGACGAUACUCGGCGAGUUGUGUGCGCAACAACAUACCUACACAUCGUGCGUAUGUGUGUGCGUGCUUACGCACGGCGAGAGCGGGGGGGAGUUGUUCGCGCACGACCGCCCGUACGAAAUGAGCGAUCUACUGAACAAGCUGCAAUACAACGCGCCCGGUCUGGUAGGCAUACCGAAGCUAGUCAUAGUGCAGGCUUGUCGCGGAGGUACGGUGGACGCGGGGCAGGUGGUGCAGCUGGACGGUGCCGGGGACCCCGCGCGGCUACCUUCCCAUGUGGACACACUCGUCCUCACCUCUUCAGUAGAAGACUACGUGUCUUGGCGGGACUAUUACGGGUCUUGGCUGAUCCAGGAGCUGUGCCGCGUGGUGAACGCCACCUACCGACACCUCGAUGUAGUACAGAUGGCUGCCCUCGUCACUUCGCUCGUCGCACGAGAACGCGAGUCCAACACGCCGAGCAAUCUGACGACGCACAGAAUGAAGCAGACUCCCGAACUACGCUCAACACUCACUAAAUUACUCCGUUUCGAUGUUGGUUUCGACUUGUAACAUUGUCGAGUG